UGAAACCAAACACUGACAAACCAUAGUCAACAUCUCUCUGCUUUGUUGCGUAUUUUCCACACAAUCGCUUAGGACCUUUAGAAGAGAAUAUCAAGAAAGGCAAAAAUUAAGGUCUGGUCAGAAUGCUGCAGGGAACGGCCCUGCUGGCGCUCUGCUGCCUGUUGCUGCCGACAACAUCGUCUCCACUUUAUCCAGCACUGAGGUUCGGUCAGAGAGCGGCUGCAAUAUUAACGACCUCCUCUAUUGAGGAUCCACUGCAGCUGCCUGCGGAUCCCUCCUCACAGACACCAAACGCAGAGUUCAGGUCUGAAAGACAUGCUGAUGCCAUCUUUACCAACAGCUACCGGAAAGUUCUCGGUCAAAUAUCUGCCAGAAAAUUCCUACAGACGGUUAUGGGCAAAAGACUUGGAACAGAAACUCAACAAUAUGCCAAACGCCAGUCUGGUAUCUACGGAGACACCAAGCAAAAUGUGAAUAUGGAUGUCAUUGAGAGGGAACAAAGUUAUAGACAGCCACAAAGAUUUAAAAAAACAAUUUUCCCGUGCACUGACCCCAGACAGCAAGUGCUUUAUAAGUCUACCACAGGAAAAACAACCUCUCAAAAUCUACACCCUUUUAAAAAUACAUAUAAGUAUCAAUUAUUAUCUACAUCUACACUUCAGAAAUUUCAGAAGGUGGUUAAGUGUACAACUGACCCCUUUGAGAUGAUUUAAAAUGUUAUUUACCAGUCUUACCUUAGCAAAGUUAAGUUUUUGUAUGACCAACAUCUGAAUUCACUGUAUUUUGCUACUGUACAUCAUAUAGUUGAAGUUGUUACUUUUAUCAACAUAAGCCACCUGUGACUGACUAACUUU